UCCCCGAAUCCCUGUCAUGAUUGAACCUUUCUUGACAGCAUAUGGCUUGUGAGCACGUCUGUGAACACAAUUCCCGUAUCCAUUUUCAGCUGAACCACUGGUAUUGCCAAGGAGUGUCUUGCACCUAUCGUGUCCCUCUGCCUGCUUCUGCUGCUGGGUUGCGCAUUGGCAGAGCCACUACAUGCAUGCGAUGUGCCUCCUCCAAGCUAGGCUGCAUGGAAGCAUGUGUGUGCCUUGCACCACCUGUUCCUUAGCCACCACUGCGCUAACAUGCACUUGGGGCAUUUGUGUGUGUAAUUUAAAUUGAACUGGUCUACUACCCACUAACCUUCUACUCACCUACCUCGCGCUAUUGUUUUAGAUAUGUUUGCUCAUAUAUCAAUGUUUCUCGUGUUCUUCUGGCCAUCGCUAUGCUCGCCGGUAAUCCGCGUAACCAAUGGUACGGCUGUUGACCAAGGCCAGGCGCCAUUCUUUGUUCGCAUUAUUGCGCUCUCAUCAGAGAGAUCGGCAGAGCUGUGCGGUGGAACAAUAAUCGACCAAACCACUGUCAUCACUGCCGCGCACUGCGUAAUGCCGCCUCGUGACCCAAUCCUUCACCAGGCAAGUGCCAUUGAGAUAUAUUACGGGAAUGUCAACACCAAGCAGCAGAGCCUAACACAUGCAACUGCUGUGUAUGUGCAUCCUGACUACAACACAUUCACACUGGAAAACGACAUUGCAGUUCUGAAGACCAAACCGUUUGAAUAUGCUGCAGAUGCGGUGCAGCCGGCACCAAUAUACAACGGCAAUGUCUGGCCGCUAUAUCAGAUGGAAAUAUAUGGCUGGGGUCUCAGAGUCACUGGCGGGUCAGCGCAAGACCUCGCACCAUCUCUGUUGACAAACAAGGUGUAUAUAUCGUUUCCUUCUGACUGUAGAGCCAUUGACGCAAGAUACUCGAGCGCCAAUGGACCGACAAUUUGCGCCAACAACAACUACAACAAGGGCGUUGAUGUAUGUUCUGGCGACUCAGGGCAGGGCACUGUUAUACGUAGGCAUGGCACAGCGUACAUUGCUGGGCUGGUGAGCUAUGGCACUGAUGCAAACGGCAGGCUAACAUGUGGUGAGCCGGGCAGCUUUGGCAUAUACACACACAUAUGGAGAUAUGUGAGCUGGAUCACAACGAUUGCUAACACAACAUACACAGCAGGGCCACUGCCCAGCGUAUUGGUAGCACCUCCAGCCGCUCCAACACCAACCAGAUGCAUUCUAGGCUACUGCCUCUAAGGUGAAUAUACGUCAGCGCACUUGGUGAAUGGAAUCCAAAUGCACACAGCUAAACAAGCCAUGCAUUUGCCUUGUUGUGACCACUCCCCAUGUCUAUGCCCAUCUACAACAUGGCAGGGAUGGGUAGCAUUCCCUGGGCGCCGCUGUCGUCUCUACACCAGACCCUUCAAACACUCUCUCUAUAUCAUGGUUCGCACUGGAGCUGACCGACCACCGAGCAAACUACAGAAGCUCAGACACAAGAUACUGCGCAUUUCGCGCAGCAUCGGGUACGAACUGGCAGACUUGCAUGUA